CGUCAGUGAUGCGCAUGUUUUUGGUUAAAAACACGUUAGAAUCGUUAGAAUGGAAUUUUAGCAAAUUAUGAUACAAUCGUCGAUUUAGUCGAAGGCUUUCAAAACGAGUAAUUUUUCCAAUUAGUAGUCACAAGUGUGCAAUAGUUUUGUAAAACAAGGAGAAUUGAUUUCAAAAAACAUUGUUUCUGUAUUAGUCAUGGAAUCAAACUUAUUGUGUUACGAUGAAUCCCACGAUGGGAGAGUUCAGCUUCAGAAUGAAGUUGAUUCGAGCCAAUUUAAUGAAGAACGAAUAACAGAAAUGAAAACCAUGCUGCGGACAAUGGCCAAUACUGAAAAGCAAACCAAGCUUAUGCAUCAGUCGCUACCAUUGCAUAUGAGGCGUCGUGCAAUGACAUACAACCCAAAACGGCUACCUCGGAAAUUCCGCGCUAUUCACUUAGCUCAAUUCAAUAAAAGUGGUUUGCCAGAGAAAAAGAAACGACCAUCGCGGAAGUACCGCAGAAAGGCCAACGUGCUGUUAAAAGAGUAUGAACGUCGCAAAAAGACAAACGUUUGGCUAGAGACUCACAUUUGGCAUGCCAAACGUUUUCAUAUGCUGACUAAAUGGGGUUACAAAAUACCGUACACGGCCACCGCAAAAAGCUACAGGGCAUGCUACCGUGCAACAGCAAAACAUUGCUUGUUACAGGACAUUUCCUAUUAUGGCUGCAUUGAAAUUCAGGGUGAAGAAUCGCUACUAAGAAGUAAAUUGAAAGAGUUCUGCAGUGAGAAAGUUGGAUUAACAAUAGCGGCCAAAGCGUUCCUUAAUGGAAGAAGAUCGGGUUAUAUUUGGUUAUAUGAGAAAAACCAGUAUCCUUUCCAAUGUAUAGGCAGGGUAAGAUUCGUGUGGAAAGCCAAUGAUGCGAGGGAAAAGAGAACGCUAUGGAUAUUCGCCCAUCCAAUUUUUUAUAGUAAGCUAGUAAAGCAUCUCGUUGAUGCCUUCGAUCUAAAAAACACUGUAUUCACACCUAUGGAUAUGAAUGAACCUGAAACUACUGCAGAUACAAUUCCCCCUAGAAUGGUUAGGACCCCCAAAUACGUAAAUAAUUCGCUUGGAGUUGUGAUUUUAGAAUUGAAAGAUACGUUAAAUUACUUCAGACUGACUGGGCCGCUUUCACAUGUUACGUUGAGUAAAGCACUAAACAUAUAUCCAGUGUCAAACGCUUCCCAAUCUAGUCAUUGGUACUCUGAUUGGAUACAAUGUCCGAUAAACAAAAGAACUGCUAUUGAACAAUUAGCCUUUUGGGAUAAAGUUAAACAUGUAACUUCUACUGGAGAGUUCGGCCCUGGUGUUGUAAUUGGUUUAGUGGUAGAAGAUCCUCGCCUUAAUCGACCCAAUAAACGAACGAAGGCGCUUCCACCUACGUUAGUUGUGCCGCAACAUUCAUUUCCUGACUGUACCACGCAAACUGCUCUUUCACCGCUUUGGGAUUCAACUAUUCGAGACAGAAUAGUUAAAGAAAUGCAAACCACGCACGAACUGAACCAGCUUAGAGAAAAACAGUGUUUAGUCCCUGGAGAGAAAUGUGCCUUUGAAAACAGCAUACAACCGAUUCCACUACUUUUAAUUCAAAAUACUGGUUCCCAGGAUGGCGAGUUCAAACGACUCGGUUACGGCACUGGCUGGGAUUUGAUCGCUCCGGCGGGCUAUGGUCUCGCUCUAUGGCAAACACUGAUUAUUUGGGGUGCCAAACCUGCUGGAUUAAAAGAGUUUGAUAUGCAAGCUUUAGAAGCAGGAACAGAUGCCAAUAUGAUACCUGAUACGGUUCUAGGGCAGAAUGAGGCUGAUUUUGAGUAUAACAAAAAAUUAGAAAAAUAUUUUUCUCGUCCUCAUAAUCGCCGCGUAAAUUAUAAAAAGCUGGCUAUUGCUUCUCCUUUCCGUUCUCUUUGGUCUCAGCUGGUAUCGGAGUGGAAUGCAUCUAAGAACUCUAAAUUUUAUGUGUUGCGGGAUCAGGAGAGUCUGAACAAAAUUCAUCUUUCGCUAGACAGAAAAUACAAUAUCAAAUCAGUAGAUUUACCGCCUGUUUGUUUAGUGCCCGUUUAUUUGACGAUCAAAACACGUGGUAAUCCUGGCGACAACGCGCUAAUAUGCUUGCCCCACAGACAAGAUUUUAGACAAAACAAAAGUCAAACGCAAAUCAACGACAAUGGUCCUGUUCUUGUAGAGCCGCUAAGAAAAGAUCCUUUCCAGAAAGAACGACAUCAGUUGCGCAAAAUGCAUCUGCGACAGCUCAAACGGCUAAGGAAACGUAGGAUUCGCGAGAAAAAAAAUCGUCAGCGGAAACAACCAGGUACAUUAGUACGUAUAGCAAAGCCGCAAAACCGUAACCUUAUUCAAGAACAACUUGCCAAGAUGAAAGAGCUGUGGUUGCCGGCGGUUCCGGAGACCAUUCGAAAUCAAUGUAGCCGUGAAUGUUUCGGUUACGUCACCCGGACUAGCUUCAGCUUAAUCGAAGGAAAGGUCACUGCCGUUGGUUAUGUAACCUCCCGGGGACUCGAAAAACUUUUUAGAAUCUGCACAAAGGGUUCAUUCAAGGUUCUAAUACGUGGAACGAAAACCAGAUGCUACCGAUUUGCAACAUUGAAAGUGAGGUUAGAGUAAUAAAAAUUUAGUGUUGAUGAAACUUUUAA